AUGAUACGGCCUGCUGGCGCCGGGGGAAGGCUCCAUCAUGGGAGCCGACCGGAGAAGCCUGUGCCGAAGCCGCUGUCCCGGGAUGUCACCUGCCCGGGCAGACUCAACGUCCCACCCAGCACCCAGUCCCAGCCCAGCCUGCUGCUCGCCGUCGCCGGAAAACGCGGGCUCACUACCUUCAACACCAGCUCUGGAAGAUGGAAGCUCUUCGAGAACGAGCAAGAGGAGCAGCUGGUUCAUGUCCGCGGAGGCAUGUCAGCUUACUCAAACCCCCUGGCUGUCUCUUGA